UUUAAGUUAAAAUAAAAUUUAAAUUUAAUUACCCAUCCUAGAAUCAUGUAUCUAACACCUAGAUUUAAUUCAUUUAUAGACACUAAUAGCCAUAUAUCAAAGCAUUGGCUUAGUCAAGAGCCCAAAAAAAGGGGGAAAGUGAGAAAAACGUAUUUUAACAAAAUUGACUUAUUUAGCAAUUUACUUGUUUGUCUGAAGUGUUCUUUUCACCAUCCAGACACGAUGUGUGUUAUUUGUUUGAAUUGAAUGGUUGAUGCAUGUCAAUUCUGAAAUCUCUAAGCACCCAUUUCAUAAAAUUGUAAUAACAAAGGAUCAACAAGAAACAAAAGUUAACUGUUCAAGAAAAAAAAAAAAACAAGAAACAGAAGUUCUAAAUUAAGUUUUGAUUUCUGCUCCUGUAUAUAUAUAUAUAUAUAUAUAUAUAUAACAAUUCAAAUCCAGUGAAUCAAGCCAAGUACAUUACAACAUUAGCCCUAGAGAAAAGUUCCUGUGAUAACUUGGGGCAUACAAUGGAUUUUCAGAGUUGCAAUGUUAGGGUUUAUGCAGCCAGUUUCCUAUGCCUGUUCUUGUAUUUUCCUUCUCAAAUGGAGGCGACAUUCAAGAAUCCGGGUGAACUAAUCUCGGAUAUUUGCAAGCAAAGCGGAUCAGACAAGAAAUUCUGCAUCCAAAUCCUGAAAUCAAAUCCCCAGACAGCAACAGCAUCAAGUUUAAAAAGCCUGGCAGAAAUUGCUCUAGGAAUGGCAAGAAAAGAGUCAGUAAGUACAAGUGGUUUCUUUAAAUCUCUUUUGGUCAGAGAUAGUAAUAAUCCAGCAGCUAAGGCAUCCAUUGAAGAAUGUGCCAAGUAUUUUAGUGAAGCUGUUGGGAUGCUUAAUCUGGGUGGAUUAGAGGGUGGGACUGCAAGUUUGGAUGUGCAUUAUGCUCUUGAUAAUGCUCAGUAUUGUGAAAAUGCAUUGGCUAAUGCUAAUGUUCACAUUGGAUCAAUCGGUCCUGCAAUCCAGGAAUGGAAGAAAUCCUACUCAGUUGCAUAUGCAGCUGUAAUUGCUGUUGAAAACUCUCAGAACUGAUUGAUAUGAAAUUUUAAUUGAUUAUUGAGUAAGGUUGAUGAGCAUAUAUGAUUUAUUAAUUGUGUUAUUUACUUUUAUAAUUGUUAUUCUACGGAGACUUUAUUAUUUAACAACGUAAAUUAAGAGAAAUGAACAUAAACAGCUAACACAAUAAGAUUUCAUGCCUU